CCCCGGCCAUGCAGGGCAAAGUGGCCAUCAGCUCUUCCAGCCCUGUGGUGGCAGUGCCAUUACCACCCCCAUCCCAGGCCAGACCCUCACCCAUCAGCACUGGGGAGAUCUUCAGGCUUCCAGGGAGGCUGAGAAUCCAGCCCUCACUGUGGAGCAAGGAGGAUGUGAUCCACUGGCUGCGAUGGGCUGAGGAGGAAUAUUCCCUGCGGGCCAGUGACGAGAGCAAGUUCGAGAUGAACGGCAAAGCCUUGUGCAUCCUCACCAAGGAGGACUUCAGACACCGAGCUCCCAGCUCAGGGGAUGUGCUUUAUGAAAUACUCCAGUUCAUUAAGACUCAGAGAAGAGCUCUGGUGUGCAGCCCCUUGCUGAACUCACCCUUCAGGAAAGCCAGGAGCAUGGAGAAAGCAGCAAUUCCCCCGUGCUCAGACUGCAGGCUGCUCUGGGAAUACGUGUACCAGCUCCUGUCCGACCGCCGCUACGAGCCCUACAUCCGCUGGGAGGACAGGGAAGCCAAAGUGUUCCGUGUUGUCAACCCAAACGGGCUCGCCCAGCUCUGGGGCAACCACAAGAACAGGAUGAACAUGACCUAUGAGAAGAUGUCACGAGCACUCAGACACUACUACAAACUCAACAUCAUCAAAAAGGAGCCAGGGCAGAAGCUGUUGUUCAGGUUUUUGAAGACUCCUGGGGAGGUUGUCCAUGAGAAAUCCAGCAGACUGGAGCAGAUGGAGAGUGAGGACCAUGAGGAUUUGAAGGAAGACUCACUGGAGGUUUCACCAUAGUAAAUCUUUGGAGGCUUCACUUCAGUGCAUGACAGAGAGCCUUGUGCUUUGCUGAGCACUGCUGGUGUCUCUUGCCUCUCCUGUACAGAAGGCCACAGAGCUGGCCUGGAUUCCAAACCCUGCUGUGAGCCAAAUCUGGGACAUCUCUGGGGUGUCAUUAGCAAAACACACCCAGAAGUUGUUCCCCAGCCCCAAAAGUGCAGGUGGAUGUGUGAGCUGGUCUUCUGCUGGUUCCUCUCCUGCCCUUUGGAAGGGAAUGUGAUAUUUUUGCUCUGAAAUUUUGAUGCUUGUCUUUAAGGUCUAAACCUGUGGAAAAGAUGCCUCUGUUCUUCAGUGAGAUGUGCUGAGCAGAGCUCUGGGCUGAGCUGAGCAGCUGCUGCUCUGCUUUGGCAGCGAGGGCUGUCCCCAGCUGGGAGUGUCCUGCUCUGAACCUGAGCCAUUUCCUCAGCUCAAGAUGGACUGGUAUUGUAAAUAUGGUGCAUGCUGGAAUCCCACUGUCUCCUGUGAGAUUGCUCUGGGAAUUAAGGUUAGGAGUGAGCUGAAAUACCUGCCUGGUUUAGGCCUGGCACAAGCUCCAGGCUCCAUGGUUGCCCAUAGCUGGUAUUCACUUUAACUCCUUUCCCUCCAGGUAAUUUUUUUUUUUGUAAUUACUU